UUGCAGGUCACAUCUGUUCAUUCUGUUUGCCCACACUUUGUUGUAUUUCUCACCAAAAAGCAAGGACAACACACAUUUCAAGGUAAGUGGUUUGUAGUUAAAAAUAGCUUGAAUUGCUGAAAAACUCGUUUUUUUUCCCAUCAAAAAAUUUUAAAACACGAAAAAUUGAGGUCAAGUGACUUUACAGCCAUUUAUUAUAUCAUUUUGCCUCAUUUUUGCGCGCGAAAAAUCGAUAUUUUGGUGGAUUUUCGUGAGGUUUCUUGAAUUUUCAGUGAAAAACUUAUUCACUUAGGAUUUUUAGCUGAAAAAUUCGUUUUUUCGACGAAAAAGCUGACAUUCGGCUAGAAAUCAUGAUUUUCAGCCAAAAACUUUGAUUUUUUUUGAAAUUCAAGUCGAAAAUCAGGAUUUUUAUCAAUUUUUGAUUCAAAAUUCUGAAAAACAGCCAAUUUUCAGUCUAGAACUCUGAAAAUGAUGAGUUUUUGCUUGAAAACAUCAAUUUUCAGCCAAAUUUUGCUCUGAAACUCUAAAAAUCGUGAAAAUUUCGCAUUUUCCAGUCAAAACUUGUGAAAAGUGCUGAAAAACAUGAAUUUUCAGCCAGAAAAUCUGAAGUUUGAGUCGUUUAUUUCUCUGCGCUCUCUAAUCAGCAGACCAAAUGGUCUGCUCGUUUAUUUCUCUGCGCUCUCUAAUCAGCAGACCAAAUGGUCUGCUCGUAUAUUUCUCUGCGCUCUCUAAUCAGCAGACCAAAUGGUCUGCUCGUUUAUUUCUCUGCGCUCUCCAAUCAGCAGACCAAAUGGUCUGCUCGUAUAUUUCUCUGCGCUCUCUAAUCAGCAGACCAAAUGGUCUGCUCGUUUGUUUCUCUGCGCUCUCUAAUCAGCAGACCAAAUGGUCUGCUCGUUUAUUUCUCUGCGCUCUCCAAUCAGCAGACCAAAUGGUCUGCUCGUAUAUUUCUCUGCGCUCUCUAAUCAGCAGACCAAAUGGUCUGCUCGUUUAUUUCUCUGCGCUCUCCAAUCAGCAGACCAAAUGGUCUGCUCGUUUAUUUCUCUGCGCUCUCCAAUCAGCAGACCAAAUGGUCUGCUCGUCUAUUUCUCUGCGUUCUCCAAUCAGCAGACCAAAUGGUCUGCUCGUUUAUUUCUCUGCGCUCUCCAAUCAGCAGACCAAAUGGUCUGCUCGUUUAUUUCUCUGUGCUCUAACUGUUUGACUGAAAAUCGUUGAAAACCCAAAAAAUAUGUGAAAAUUCGUGAUUUUCAGCCAAAUCGCUCAAAAUGGUUGGCGGAAGUCGAACCGGCGUCCAUUUGGUGCUGGGCUUCCUCAUCGGCUGCAUUCUGGCUCUUUUUUUCAUGUCAAAUCAGCCGGCCACUGAAAUUAUGGCCGCUUUUUCAUCGGACUGUCGAAAAUCUGUGGACGAUUUGAGAAAUGUGGAAGCGCUAGAAGCCACGUGGCAAGAAGGAAGGGAAUAUAAGGAUGUUAGCGAACAUUGGGAGGUUUGUGCAAAUUUUGGGGGAAAAUGACCUAAAAUUCAUGAUUUUUGGUCAAAAAUGACCCUAUUUUCACCCUAAAGGACCCUAUUUUUACCCUAAAAUGACCUAAAAUCAAUUCCAGGUUCACCAAGACACAAUGCCUUCUUCACCACCCAACCAAGACGCUACACCAAAAGUGGUUAGGUCUAGAUUUGCCGCGACUGAAUUGGGAACUCGCGAACGACUUAUGGUAACUGUUAUGGCUGAAUCUGCGUUGGCUUUAUCGAUUAAUACGACGCUGGGAAGGUGAAUUUUGAAUUUUUUUGAAUUCGGCGGGAAAUUUGGAGCAGAAUGAUACCCAUUUUUAUGGGUUUUUGGGGAUUUUUGACCUUAAGGUACUUAAGGUCCUUAGGACACUUAAGUGCGUUUAGAGAAUUUCGCUCGAUUUUGGUUCUAUGUGUGUGUAAUUCUGAGCCUUUAGACACCCAUAUUCAUAGGGUUAUGGUGAAUUUUUACCUUAAGGCUCUUAAGGACCUUAAUAAUUGUUUAUCUGAAAAAUAUUGAUUCUGUAUAUCAAACGAUGGGGAAUUUCACUCUGAUCACGAAUUCACCAAAGGAAGUCGCUAAAAAAUUGGAUUUAAGGCACUUUUAACGUGAAAUUUUAAUUUCAGACAUGUUCCACGAGUUCACCUUUUUGCUGAUAGUUCUCGAAUCGAUAAUGAUAUGGCACAACUCACAAAUUUGAGCCCUUAUAAGCUAAAUGGCCAGAAAACGCAUACAAUGGUCCUUGGAUUGCUUUUUAAUAUGGUAAGAACUUAAUUUUUACGAAAUUUUCAUUAAAAAUGGUCAAAAAACCCUAAAAAUUACAGAAUUUUCACCAAAAAAUGCGUAAGUUUCAAUGUUGUUCUAGUUCCUUUGUAUUCCCUGCUGAAAAAUUGUCUGAAAAUUCCAAACCUGAAAUUAAUUUCAGACAGUUCACGAGAAUUACGAUUGGUUCCUUUUGGUCAAAGAUUCCACGUAUAUUAAUCCGUUUGUAUUGUUGAGAAUGAUUGAAACGGUGAGAUUUUGUUCAAAUUCGGGAAAUUUGGUUGAAAAUGAGCUAUUUCCAGCCAGAAAACGUGGAUUUUCAGCCAAAAAAUCGAUAUUUUCAGAUGAAUUGGAAUGAGCCGGUUGUAAUGGGCGAAGAAGCUGAAGAUGGAUCCGGGCGAUGUCGAUUGGACACUGGAGUUUUGCUAAGUAACCCGGCUAUGCAAACGCUGAUACAGUAGGUUUUUGGGUGGGAAAAAAUGGAUUUUUAAAGCUCUGAAACUAAUUUUUCGAAUUCCGCGGGAAAUUUGGAGUUUUUAGACACCUCUAAUGAUAUGGUUUGGAGGAAUUUUUACCUUAGAGUCCUUAGGGACCUUAAUAAUGACCGAGUCGUAUAUUUCUCUGCGUUCUCCAAUCAGCAGACCAAAUGGUCUGCUCGUCUAUUUCUCUGCGCUCUCUAAUCAGCAGACCAAAUGGUCUGCUCGUCUAUUUCUCUGCGUUCUCCAAUCAGCAGACCAAAUGGUCUGCUCGUCUAUUUCUCUGCGUUCUCCAAUCAGCAGACCAAAUGGUCUGCUCGUCUAUUUCUCUGCGUUCUCCAAUCAGCAGACCAAAUGGUCUGCUCGUUUAUUUCUCUGCGCUCUCUCUAAUCAGCAGACCAAAUGGUCUGCUCGUUUAUUUCUCUGCGCUCUCUCCAAUCAGCAGACCAAAUGGUCUGCUCGUCUAUUUCUGUGCGCUCUCUCCAAUCAGCAGACCAAAUGGUCUGCUGACUGAAUUUCCAAAAAAUCAAACAUUUUCCAGACAACGUCACACUUGUAACAUGCUAGCCCCAGAAUCCGACAAUGAUCAAUUAGCCUUCGAAAAAUGCAUUCAAAUUGCCACCAAUUUGACGUGUCGACCAAUUCAUCAAGGAGUACGGUAUGAGGUUUGGAGAGGAGCUGAAAGAGCUGAUAGUCCAGCUGCACAUGAUUCGAUUGAUGAAUGGAGACAUUCGAAACAAUUUAGUCGAGCGCUUGCUGUGCCCAGAUUGCUCAGGUUAGCCGAAAUUCAGGAUUUUUAGUGAAGGAGGAAUUUGGUCUAAAAUCACAUUUUUUGUAUCCAAACCCCAAUUUUUCGGCUUCAGCGUGAAAUUUGCAGUUUUUAGACACCCAUAUUCGUAGGGUUUGGGUGAUUUUUUACCUUAAGGUCCUUAAAUUUUUUCAUCUGAAAAUAUAAGUGUUGUAUAUCAAACGAUAGGGAAUUUUACGGCGAAAACGGAUUAAGCUAGGAAAAUCCUUAAAUUUGACCCUAAGGUCCUUAGCGACUCUAAUAAUUGGAAAAUAUAGGUGUUGUAUAUCAAACGAUAGAGAAAUUUAUAUUUUUCCAGCGACGCGGACGCCGCCGCUCUCCACGACUAUUUCGUCCGCGUCGAAAUGGCGCGAACCGACCGCGAAAUCGCCAAAAUGGAAGCGGAACUGGUGCGCCUCGCUGAAGAAGAGUCGCAAGAAACCGGCGAACCGAUAAGUUGGCCGCCAGCCCUUCCACCAUACGCCAAACCACCAAAUCGCUAUCAAGUGCCAACUUGGGAAUAUUUUACGAUGACCGAGAUUUUUAAGGUGAAAAUUUGGUGGAAACGCUAAAUUUUGAGCUAAAAUUCAUGAAAAAUUGAGAUUUUCGUCGAUUUUUGGCUCAAAAUGCUCCAAAAUUCGUGUUUUCAUCUAAAAAUUCCGGAUUUUCAGAGUGAAACCAAUCAAAAUGUAAGAAGACUAGAAGGAAAUGAUUUUGAUGACGUGGCAGAAGUUGUUGUCGCCGCGAGACAACAAGUUGAAUCUGAAGAGCCCGAGCUCGAAUUUGUGCAACUCAGAAAUGGAUAUAGGUGCGAAUUUUGCUCAAAAAUCAUCAUUUUCAGCCCUGAAAAAUGCUGAAAAUCCUUUUUUUGCAGAGUUUUCGAUCCUCGCCGUGGAAUGGAUUAUAUGAUUGAUUUGAUCUACCGAAAAACCAUCCAAGAAUCACCAGAAAAUCCACAGGAAAAUCAAGAAUCGCAAGAAAAUUUGAAAGAACUCACAAUCGAGAAACGAGUUCAUGUUAGUCGAAUGAUUGCAAAUACACAGCUUAUGAAUCAGGUUCCAUAUGUCAAAGAGGAUACCGAUGUGACUAUUGUUGUACCUGUGGCUAAUGAGAAUGAGGUAUUUGGGGAUUUUGGUGAAAAAUGCGUUUUUCUGAGUGAAAAUUGACCAAAAAAUGCUCCAAAAUGAGCUAUCCUGGGUGAUUUUUGGUGAAAAAUUCGUUUUUCUGGCUGAAAAUUGACCUGAAAUUAAUUUUUGACCACAUUUUUGGCUUAAAGCGAGCUAUAAUGGUCCCUAGUGGAAAUUAAAUCAAAAAUGUGAAAAGUGGGGAAAAUUUAGUUGAAAAUAAGCCGUUUUGGGUGAUUUUUGGUGACCUAAAAUUAAUUUUAGAUGAAAAAUUAGUUUUUCGUUUUUCUGGGUGAAAAUUGACCUGAAAAUCAAUUUUUGGCCAAAUUUUUUCAUUUUUAAUGGUCCCUAGAGCAAAAAUGCUCCAAAAUGAGCUGUCCUAGGUGAUUUUUGGCUCAUUUUCCCCGCCAAAAACUACAGUAACCCUACAGUAACCCUAAUUUUUCAGGUUCUCCCGGCUCGAAAAUUGCUCGCCCGACAAGCCAGAUUAUGCCUUUCGCCAAGUGAAGAAGCGAGAAAGGUGAGUUUCUUUUUUUUUGGGGCGGAAAUUGCUCAUGUUAAGCUUGAAAAUCCGAAAAAUUGAUGAAUUUUGUAUCGAAAAAUUGCGCAUUGCUCAUUUUAAGCCAAAAAAUCACGAAUUUCAUGAAUUUCAGAUCAAAAACCAUUGAAUUUAGGUUUUAAAAACCCAAAAUUUUCAAAUUUUCCUUCAAAAAAUCACGAAUUUGAUGAAUUUCUGAUCACAUUGCUCAUGUUAAGCUUAAAAAUUCAAAAAUUGAUGAAUUUCUGGCCAAAACAAUAUCUAGAAUGCGGAAUUUUUGGUUAAAAAUUUCCAAAUUGCUCAUUUUAAGCUUAAAAUUAUGAAAAUUUAGCGUAACUUUGCUCAGAAUUAUUCAAAAUUAAUGAAUUUUAUAUCAAAAAAUCCCCAUUUUUUUUCGCAGACUCGAGUUGUAAUCGCAGUCUUCCCAGAAGUCGAUAUUCGAUCUAUAACCUAUAUGUCAAAUGAUAUGGAAGAACUCAAAAGGCGGUGUAAAAGAUCGGCCCUUGAAACUGAUAUUCUAUCAGUUCGAAAAGAAUGGUCGAAUUUCCAUGAAAUUGGACAAGGAACCAUAUCAGCUGCUGCUUUGGAUGAUGCUGUUGAUCGAUAUGGAACUAACACGAUUUAUUUGCUAUUAUCACCGCAUUCUGAUGUGCAAAAGGAGUUUUUUGAUCGGAUUAGAAUUAAUACGAUUAAACAUUAUCAGGUGGGAGUUUUGGGAUGAAAAUGAGACAAAAAUCGGGGAAUUUGAUGAAUUUUGAGCCUAGAAGCUUUGAAAUUGCUCAAUUUUACUCUGAAAUUCAUGAAAACCUUGAAAAAUCCCAAAAUUUGCUCAAUGUUUACCCCAGGACUUGGAAAACGGUGAAAUUUUUACCUAAAUUUGUCCAGGCCCCACAAAAUUCAAAUUUGAAAUCUGAAAAAUUGAAAAUUCAUCAAAUCUGCUCGAUAUUGAUGUGAAUUAAGCCUAGAAGCUUGAAAAUUGUUCUGAAAUUCAUUAGAAUUGCUGAAUUUUGAGCUGAAAAUCAUUGAAAAUGAUGAAUUUUAGCCCUAGAAACUUAAAUUUUUGUUAAUUUUGCUCAUUUUGAGUGAAAAUCUCGAAUUUCCAAGCUCCCUGGCUAAUUUUUCAUCAAAAUUUCAAAUUUCCAAGCUCCCUGGCUAAUUUUUCAUCAAAAUUUCAAAUUUUCAAGCUCUCUGGCUAAUUUUUCAUCAAAAUUUUAAAUUUUCAAGCUCCCUGGCUAAUUUUUCAUCAAAAUUUCAAAUUUUCAAGCUCCCUGGCUAAUUUUUCAUCAAAAUUUCGAAUUUUCGAGUUCCCUGGCUAAUUUUUCAUCAAAAUUUCAAAUUUUCGAGCUCCAGGCUAAUUUUUCAUCAAACUUUCAAAUUUCUAAGCUCCCUGGCUAAUUUUUCAUCAAAAUUUCAAAUUUUCGAGGCUCCCUGGCUAAUUUUUCAUCAAAAUUUCAAAUUUUCGAGCUCCAGGCUAAUUUUUCAUAAAACUUUCAAAUUUUCAAGCUUCCUGGCUAAUUUUUUAUCAAAUUUUCGAGGCUCCCUGGCUAAUUUUUCAUCAAAAUUUCAAAUUUUCGAGCUCCAGGCUAAUUUUUCAUAAAACUUUCAAAUUUUCAAGCUUCCUGGCUAAUUUUUCAUCAAAAUUUCAAAUUUUCAAUCUCCCUGGCUAAUUUUUCAUCUAAAUUUCAAAAUUUCAAUCUCCCUGGCUAAUUUUUCGAAUAAUUUUGUUUAAAUUAUCGAUUUUCAUGAUUUUUAGAGCUUCCAGGCUUAAAAAACACAUUUUUCAUCAUUUUUGGGUUCAAAAUUUCAAAAAUCCAAGUUUCCAGACUUGAAAUUCACCAUUUUUCCUCCGAUUUUCACCAAAAAAUCCCAAAUUUCCCCUUAAUUUCAGGUGUUUUUCCCAGUUCCAUUUGUCGAAUAUCAUCCAACAAUAUCUGGAAUGGAAAUGUCUGAAAAAAGAAGCACAAGAGAAAUCGGCAUCCGAAACUCGUGA